AUGUCUUCCAAUGCUAGAGCCGCAUCCCUAUCGACUGCCCCGACCUUACAAUCAACCGUGCAAAUCACUCCUGAAAAGAAAAUACAGAGCGUUGAGGCUGAAAUAGAGCUCGAUCUGCCGCUCCGUGAAGAUGAGGACUCUGUGUCCAUGGAUGGGGCGCCUGUCGUUGCACCAGAGAUACGGCCAUCACUGACAGUGCUGGUUUCCCCUCAGCCUAAAUCACCAGCACCGACCCGCUCCUAUCAAUCAUCAACAUCUUCCGGUCGCGAUGAUGAUAAGAUUCACGGUCUUCAAAACAUCAAGGCAGUGUUCAAUGAUCGUUCGGUGACCCCGCCCAAGGGUUCUCCAAAUGAUUCGUUGAAGCCCUUGCUUACGCCGAAAAAAUCGGCCACAAACACUCCCAUGAUGUUUUCGCCGCCGUUGCCUCGCUCUCCGCACAACCCUCUCAGUGGGAGAGUUUCGAAAUUGAGUCAUCACUUGUAUUCCGACUCUGCACGAGCGACCUCCCCUGCGGCCUCGCUUGCUGCUCGGUCAUAUCAUGACCAUGUCAACAACUCCACGCUUCACACUCCACCAAGCUCGCCAGGCGUAAGGCAAACGGCGCCCUCAUCCGUGCUCAACCGACUUCCAACCCAAGUGGCGACAUCACCAACCCCCUCGCACGUUCAAUCGGCAUCAGUAAUGAACCUGCUCGGCCAACAGCUGAAGUCGCCAUCGUCGCCUGCAUCUGCCAAUUCCCCGCCCGGCGUCAACCGCUCAUCACCACCGUCACCCCCGUUAUCUGUUCCGCGAUCUCGAGAAAGGCUUGAACAAUCUGAUCAGACCGCAAAGACGGUGUCCCAUCUGUAUCAAGAACGAGGUCGUGAAGAGCUCCUGCUGCCCUGA